GCCUUUCUUUCUCCCGUUAGCGGUGAAGGUGCAACAGUAAUCGGUCGUCCCGAGCCCGGGUUCAUCCGACACCCUCACCAACCAAGCUGAACUGAGCUCAACCUACACAGCAGCAACAUGCCUCCCAAAUUCGACCCCAACGAGAUUAAAGUUGUGUACAUGAGGUGCACAGGAGGAGAAGUUGGCGCCACCUCAGCUCUGGCCCCCAAAAUCGGACCUCUGGGUCUGUCUCCCAAGAAAGUUGGUGACGACAUUGCCAAGGCCACCGGUGACUGGAAGGGCCUGAGGAUCACUGUGAAGCUGACCAUCCAGAACAGACAGGCAACGGUUGAGGUGGUUCCCUCUGCAUCUGCUCUGAUCAUCAAGGCUCUGAAGGAGCCUCCUCGUGACAGGAAGAAGGUCAAGAACAUCAAGCACAGCGGAAGCGUGACCUUCGACGAGAUUGUUGGCAUCGCCCGCAUCAUGAGGCCUCGCUCCAUCGCCAGGGAGCUGUCCGGAACCAUCAAGGAGAUCCUGGGUACCGCUCAGUCUGUCGGCUGCACCAUUGAUGGCCGUCCUCCCCACGAUGUCAUCGAUGACAUCAACAGCGGCAAAGUCGAGUGCCCAUCUGACUAAAUGACGCAAAUAAAAUGUUGAAAAAUCUGAA